AUUGCUCGUGGGUGCUUUGCCCCAUAUACCCGAUCUCCAAGGCCGAUCAUUCGCCCCCACUUGGACCCACCAACACUGCACGCCAAUGCACAAUGUCACAUCCCUCGAUCUUCUCCAAAGUACCGAGCCAACAGCCUCAGCCUUCAUUCUGGCUCGAAGAUGGUCGGCGUCGGCGGUCGCAGUAAAGGCUGCAAGACUUGUCGCCGUCGAAGAGUGAAAUGCGACGAAGUCAAGCCAGGCUGCGAGCGCUGUCGAAAAGCUGGCUACCAAUGUGAGGGUUAUGUGCAAUAUGCCGAGUUUGUCGAUGUGACAACUCAGUUCACAGCCAACAAGUCGCCGAAACAAAAGCCUGUGCGCAGUGCGUCUAGUCCAUCUGUCAGUCCCAGAACUGCCAGCCCGAGCUCGGUUAUCGAGCUACCCUUGAUGCCGAUAUCAAGAAAUGCAACAUGGGACGAGCAAAGUAUGUUCACAUCGCACCUGAUCAGCAGAUUGUUCACUUGGCACGAUGAUACAUCAUCACCGCAGACAUCCUCAUGGAUUGAAAUAUUGUUUCAACGUACAGAAGAAGAGGCGGCACUGUCUUUUACGUCUGUCCGCGCGCUGGCUACGACAUACUUUGCUAAGGUCAAUCGCAAGACCGAGCUAAUGCGAAAGGGUGCGGGAUUCUACUCGCGAGCACUUCAGGCUGUCCGGUCAAACCUAGAAGACCCCAAUCUGGUCUUGGAAGAUGAUUUGAUAGUUGCGAUUAUCUGCAUGGCCAUCUACGAGAUGGUCACCUUUACGCAACCGACUGGCUGGCUGCAUCACUAUAAGGGACUGGCACGGCUCACAGCCAUGAGAGGCCCACAUCGGCAUCAAUCAGGCGUUGCCUUGGCGAUACUCCCGACUUUGAGGUCAUGCAUUGCUGUUGGAUACCUCGUCGAUCGAAAGCGUUGCUUCCUUGAAUCCCCAGAAUGGAAAACCAUCCCCUGGGAAAAGUGCGGCUUGAACGCCAAGUCACCUGGAGAUGAGCUCCAAGACAUACUCUGCGAUCUUCCGGGAUUCCUCGAAGAUAUCGACAAGAUUAUGACUUGGAAUCCUGAUGAACUGGGAAGGGAAGAGUUUACCACAGCCUUUUGCUCACGAGUCUUUGCAACACUGGAAACACUCUAUUCUUGGCGCUGGGAUUGGGAGCUGAAUUUUCCUAAUUCCACAUACCUGAUCUCACCUAGUGACCUUGAUCCAGUGACGCCACUGCCACUGCCACCUAGCCCAUUCAAAAGUAUUAUCUGGUGUACCAGUCCCCAUCGCGCAGCAGAGCUGAUGAACUACAAUGCGAUUCGAUUGAUAGCUACCAGAACCCUUGAGAUGGUUGGUGUACAAAUUGACAUACCGUCAUCUGAUCUCCCAGUCAGUGAUCCUCUAUUACCUAUGGAAGGGACGAGACAUGAUGUAGCAGUCGAGAUUUGCAGAAUGGCAGAUUAUCACCUCCAUGCCUUCCAUCAAAGCUCCGGGGCUUUCAUGCUCAUCUUUCCACUUAAUGUCGCUCAUCUUCAUUUGAAUGAUGAUAGUGGUGAUAUCAAGCCGUGGCUCGAGGCCGUAAUGUCCGCUGUUGCAGACCUGCAUGGCUUUGAACUUGGUAGAAGGGAAAAUAUGCCGCGUCAAAUCAUAAAGGUGAGUCUCAUUUCUCGAGAGGCCAUGAACAUUAAAAAUGGGGGUUUCUAA